CCCAAUCCAUCCUCACCACCCAUGUCCGCCUGAGCCCCGCGCUCGCUCUGCUCCGCGCUGUCUGCCAGCAUUAGAGGUCCGAGCUGCUUCUGAGCAGCGGACAUUGCAUCAGAAGCCAUGCUGGACCUCCUCCGAGCCUACACAGGCUGUCCGAACACGGGUCUACAAUUUCUCGCCCUGCCCCGCGAGACGCUGCUGCUUUACCCCUCACUAGACAGCAUUAUCAUUCUUAAUGCACGCACAUUGGCCUUCCUUCGUGCCCUCGCCUUCUGGGAGGUCUUUCCAGGCACCCGGCACAUCCCUGGUUCUGUACGAUGCCUGACCAUAGACUCUGGCAUGAAGCUCGUCGUAGCUUCUAUGGCCUCGCGCGUCGCCGUUUGGUCGCUGUCCACUGCAGGAGGAUACCAGGUGCAUGACUCGUGGCGGCUGCAUUCUUCGCUUGUUCUCCCUCAAGACCAAGAAGUUACCGCAUUAGACUGCAAGUCUGGGUUGCUCGCCGUUGGCACACGAUCAAGUCUAUCUGUAUACACGCUCAUUUUGGAAAACGACUUGCCUACCUGGUCGCGAAAAUGGACAUACUCUACGAAAUCACUAGCUCGCGUACGCUUCUCGCCCUCCUUAAUGUAUAUUGCCACUACAUCAACCCACGAUAGUACUGUCCGCCUACAUCUCACCACAUCCGGUCGCCGAACCCAAGUUAUCCCGCACCCGCGACCCGUCUCCGACAUAUCCUGGCGUCACCCCGGCACGCACGCACAGAACCGCAACGACGACCCAAUCCUCUACACGACUACCACUGACGGCAGCCUCCGCGUCUUCCUCUCCGUGCUCGACGCGCCGCAGCGCGUGCAGCUGCACGCUGCUCUCGAUGCGGCGAGUUCGGUACCGAUCUCCUCGCAGGUGAACUCGUUGGAAGACAGCGGUAGCAUGGUGUCGAGCAGCGUGUUUCCGCUUGACCGUGACGCGGUUCUCGGCGUGUUGAAGGGUGCGACUGGUAACGCACUGAGUGCGGAGGAGGACGCGCGGAGCAGACGAGUCAGGGAAAUCGUGGAGGAAGGCUGGGACUUGUUCCUGCGUGUGCUCGCCGACGGUUCGUUAGUUGUGCAAGCAGUCGCCAACAUUGACCGGCGGCCCCCAACGCUGCUCAAGCAGUUCACCCUGCUCCAGUCGUCUCCAGGACUACUCCCGUCCCCUCCUCCAGCGCAUCUUUAUGUCAUCCCCGCACCAUCCGACCCCGGCAUGCUCACACUGAUCACCUCCCCACCCCUAGCUACUUACGUACUUUCGCCCCUUCCGUUCUUCGAUGCGCGUGCAGACGGGCUCAAACUCAAUGCGCGUGGCGCAGACCAAACACUUCAAGACAGCAGAGGCAGUAUUGUUGAUGAAAGCAGGCGCGAAGUAGUGAGGUUUGUACGAACACCAGAAGGCGAAGGCGUCGGUGCGGUGUAUGCGGAUGGCAGUGGAGAGGUCUGGUGUCUCAAGCGUGGCGGAGGCGGGCUGGAAAGCCGAGGGAGAUGGAGCGUCAGCGAGGAAGCCGAGAAGGUGGACCGUGUUGUGGUCCUCAACGGCGGCACUUGCUUCGUCACGUACGCAUCCCAAGCGGGCCGACUGACCCUCCAUACGCCUACCCCCGCCACACUCUCUGUCCCACCGCUAGUCGCGCUCUUCUCUCUCCCAGUCUCCUCCUCAUCCCCGGGCUCCCUGUCACGCACCCUCCUCGCCGUCACCGAGACACAUACCAUCCUCGUCAUCUACGCCAACAUAUCCCUCGAACCAUGUCUGUCCAUUCAGCUAGAGAGCUCCCUCCCGCUGCCCGCUCCUCCGCGGAUGAUCCUCCCCGUCGACCCCAUGGCAUGGAGCGGCACGCGCGGUGAGGCGACGGCGAUGAGUGCGGACGCGCAUGAUACGCUCCUGUCGGUCUCGGAGGAUGGAGAGUUGGCGUUCUGGGUUCCUGAGAAUGGUUUAUUGGAGUUGCUAGGCGGGGACGUCAAGACGAACGGAGCGAAGAUGAAUGGCGCCGUCGCGAAUGGCGGUGCGCAGGUACAGAAUAGCGGGUGGAGGUGUACUGGGCUGGUUCGCACAGGUCGAAGAGGACUGAGCAGGGCUGCGUGUAGCUCGGUGAAGAAGUCUGUUCUGGUUGUUCCUACACCCGAAGGUGAGGAACUGACAAUUUGGGACUCAAAGACGUCGGAGUUCUCCUCUGGACUAGAGUACCAAGAAGUGCUUAGCUCGUCAGAUCCUAUCAACGACCUGGACUGGACGGCAACGCCCGACUCCCAAUCCAUCCUCGCUGUCGGCUUCGCACACCACGUUGAGCUGCUCUCUCAACAACGCAUGACAUACUACGACGAUACACCUGGCUGGGGCCGCUGUCAUACCAUCGACAUCGGGAGGAUGUUCCCGCACUCGAUUGGUGACUCGAUCUGGCUGGCCCGAGGAUCGCUGCUCGUCGGCGCAGGCCACCACAUGUGUCUGUUUGGUCAACCGAAGGGCAAGGCAGGCGACGAGCGUGAUGAGAGCCUCUUCGAGGUUGUUGCGCGCCAGAACGGUCCUCUGGAUGACUACCAUCCCCAGAUGAUGCUUCAAUGCCUGUUGUGGGAGAAAAUCGAGCUCGUGAAGCAAAUAAUCGUCAAUCUAGCUAGGCACGUAGAGAGCGGCCGAAGUCCCUGGGAAUGGCAACGUAUUCCUCUGAAUGACUUCUUCAAAAAGGAUGAGGUCGUGAAGGCGGCCCACACGUCGCGGAGGCCGCAGUAUUCUUUGCUGUUCAGUGAACCUGAAACGAGGGAUGACGACGACGAGGAUCCGUUCUCCCGGUCUCUAGUCCAGCGGUUGAUAGAGCGACUGGAGGAAACCCCGUUGCCGCAUUUGACGCCUAAUGAACAUGCAUCUCUGCUCGUGUUGAUUCAGACAACACUGGAGAUCGAAGAGCAACGGCGCGCCCUCGACGCCAACGGUGUGCGAUACCUGAUUUCCAUGCGAGCAUACUACAUCAGUCAUAAACGCCUGUCUGCCCCGAGCACCCCCGCCUCAGGCAGGACGGGUACGUUCGACAAACGUAUCAGGCCUCGGCAACGAUUGCGCUACCGUGACAUGAUAUGGGCUUUCCACAGCGAGAGUCAGGAGCUGCUACUCUCCCAAUCGGUAGCGGCUUGCAGUGGCAAGAUGACAUGGUCUGAAGCCCGCUCUUUGGGUGUCUUUCUAUGGCUACGAUCCAUCGAUUCCAUGAAAGCGCAUAUGGAGGUCGUUGCACGUAAUCAGUACAUGGCCGGCGACAAUCGUGACCCGACGGCGUGCAGCCUUUUUUACUUCGCCCUCGGCAAGUCGAGGCUUGUACUUGGCCUGUGGCGGCAAGCGGCCUGGCACAAAGAACAGUCGCAGAUGCUGAAGUUCCUCAACAAUGACUUCACGCAGCCGCGUUGGCGCACCGCUGCUCUGAAGAAUGCCUUCGCACUCCUGAGCAAGCGACGGUUCGAAUACGCUGCUGCCUUCUUCCUUCUGGGAGGGAGCUUGAAGGACGCCGUGAAUGUUUGCGUCAAGAAUCUUGACGACUUCCAAUUAGCUGUUGCGCUGGCCCGAGUCGUUGAAUCAGGCGACGAUGGCCCUAUCUUUCAGGGGCUGCUGAAGGACAACGUGCUACCUAUAGCGUUCAGAGACGGCAAUAGAUGGCUAGCCAGCUGGACAUUCUGGUUGCUUCACCGCCGUGACCUCGCGGUGCGAAUCUUGUUGACUCCUUUGCAAGACAUCGCGUCUGUUCUAGACGUGCAGAUCACGGAGAUUGGCGACCCGCACUACGAUGAUCCCAGUCUUGCCCUGCUCUUCUCGCAGCUCAAGUCGAGGACCCUGCAGACUGCAAAGGGUACAAGCGAGAUUUCUGGGCGAACGGAGUUCAAUUUUGUCCUUCAGAUCGCUCGCGUGUUCUCCAGGAUGGGCUGCCAUGUCCUGGCCUUGGACCUUGUCCGGACCUGGUCCUUCCAACGACCCUCUGUCGUGGUCCCUGAAAGCAAGCCCUUGUCACGUCCUGAGCCUCCGAGUCCAGUAUCAACACGUCUUGCACUGGAGCCGGCACUGCGCCACAGGGCCUCAGUGUUCAUCGACAUGGACCCAGUCACUGCUCCGUCUACUCGUUCGGCUUCACCUACGUCCAAUGUCUCCGAAGCGAACACACGACCGCUCAAAGAGGAGAAGGAGGAAGGAGAUACGCUUGCCCGAAAAGCUGGCCUUGGUAGUCUGAUGAAGACAGCCAAGCAAAAUGUCUCCGUACCAGAAUUCGAUAUGAGUGCGUUCUUCUAGUAUGCUAUAACCGUUGCAGGGUGUGUAUCGUCGCGCGCGUGCGCAACAAUCUCGUAGGCUGACAGGUAGGUGAGCCCUCAUACGGGUGAUGCGGUGAAGUUACAGUGCAGUACUAGUAAGUUAUGGCAGUCGGACAUAUGGUCCGUCGUUCACCGGCACCUUCCAAGAGAUCGAUGGUGAUUGGAAAAACAUUGUGUGCA